CGCUUUACGCUGAUAUGGCAUAUAUUUUGCUUUUUUUGACUUUCUCUUAUAUUUUUGGGACAGAGGCCUGCAAUCCCGCUGCCGGGAAGAGAGAAGGCAUGACAGAAAUUUUAUCAUAUCUAAAAGGAACGAAAAAUGCGAAGUUGGUACUUGAAAAAUUGACCAACCCCAGAACUUGGGUUACAAAAUCGGAAGGCGUGGAAAUGAACUCGGAACGAGUUCCAUUUAAAAGGGAUGAUUAUGAAAAAUUUAUCGUCGACUAUUACAAUCGCAUUUUGAAGUAUGAAAGUCCACAAACAGAGCAGCUAAACAUGAGAGCUCAAGAAGACCUGCCCGAGUCCAACCCCUUCAAUGACUUAGGAAAUAACCAGCCUAUUCGUAAUGGCGCCCCACUGAAAUGUCCAGAUGGAGACAAGACCUCAGCCAUGGGAAGUAUUUAGUGCACGCACUUGAGUUGACAAUGGGCAUUAUUCAUAAUUUUUUAUCUACACUCGGAAAAAACUUUGUUAGCUGAGAGUC